GAAGCACAAGACGUAGGGUAAUCUUAUAUUAAAUUGAGGUAUUAUUUAAUUGAAAUGUUGGAGGUUAUAAACGGAACUUUGAUGCUAUAUUUUGUUGUGUUGUGCACAUUCAAUGUAUUAAUUUCUCAUUUAGUAAAACCUAUUGCAGCAUGUUUUAAUAAACCAUCAUAUGAAGAAAAAAAAAUAUGGGACGAGAUAAUAAGACUUAAAACAGACCAGAAGCAAAUAUCCAUGAAGGAUGAGUUUGCAGCAUAUUCGAAGUUACAACGUCAAAUCAACAAAUUAGAAGUGCAACUUAAAGAGGACACACAGUCACGAAUGAGUAAAAGUCUAGCUGUAAAAAGCUCAGUCCAAAUUGUUCUCCAAGUAACAUUGGCAUUAGUGACUGUAAUAUCAGUCAUUUGGUUUCGGCGUGAACCAAUAGUAACCUUAAAAACUAAUCUCUUCCCUUUGACUACUUUUUUGAGAUACCCUAGUGAUAUGCCUAAUGCUAUAUCAACCCAUAUGUGGGUAUUAAUUUCAAAUAUUUCAUUGAGGUCUUUAUUAAAACCAAUUAUCUAGAUAUAAAAUAAUUAUAAAUGCUUUCAUAUGAAAUAAAACAAUCAAGCUGA